UCACAUACUGACAUGCUACUUAAGAAAGUCAUAACUAAACAAGUUCACACACACUUGCAAGAAAUCACUCAAUUUUAAGUAAUCACUUCACUCUCUAGAACUCAUAUAUGGAUCAGUUGAGUUCAAAACAUGACUCUGAAGGCAAAGGCAAGAGCAUCGACUCUGAAGGUCAUAAUUCGUACGAAGUGUUGCUGGCUUCAAGAAAUCCCAAGAAACGCUCCGGGAGGAUCAAAUUUAAGGAGACGCGCCACCCUGUGUACAGAGGAAUAAGGCGCAGAGAUUCAGGCAAGUGGGUUUGUGAGGUUAGAGAGCCAAUCAAAAACUCUCGAAUCUGGCUAGGAACGUAUCCCACGGCUGAAAUGGCUGCUCGGGCUAAUGAUGUUGCAGCUAUUGCACUUAGAGGUGAAACUGCCUGCCUUAAUUUCGAGGACUCUGUAUGGAGAUUGCCACUUCCCGAGUCAUCAGAUGUUAAGGACAUACAGAUAGCUGCGGCCAAGGCCGCUGAGGCCUUUAGGCCACCGGAAAAUGAGAUGAUGAGUGGGGAAAAUACGUCAUUAGUAGUGAAGGAAGAUGAUGAGAUGUUUGACAUGGAUGAAGAUGCGAUCUUUAGGAUGCCACAGCUCAUUAACAAUAUGGCUGAGGGGAUGCUGAUUUCUCCGCCUCAAUAUGUGCAAAGUGAUGGGUGUGAUGAGCUCGAUGAUGACAUGGAAGAUGCCACCGACCUGUCUCUGUGGAGUUAUUCAUUUUGAUUCAUAUAUAUCCCACCUUUGCUCUACCGCCUCCACUUGUAGGAGUCGACUAGAGUAUUUUUUCCAUCUGCCAGAGUGUUUGAGAUUUUUGAUUAUGGUUUGUAUAUAUCCCUGUUUUGAACAACAGAAGCAACUUCUUAUUUUAUUUCUGCUUUUUUAAAUAAAUAAGUUGAAAAUAAUUUUAAGAAGCACGCGAGAAACAAAUUAGAAGUAAAAAAUGAUGAACGCUUUCUUUACAAAUUGUACGGUUUCAAAAAGAAAGCUAGCAAAGCUGUGCAGCGCACAUAUCAUUUUCUUAAAUUGCAACAAUAUUGUUACUUGCAACAAUAUUAUUGGCAAGUUUUAAUACCGGUGUUUCAGUCCA